GGGUUGGUAGGAGUUGGAAUGGUUUUCCCUGCUGCCCAGUGGACGCGGCUGAGACCCCGCUGUGGAGUGAAGCCGUAAAAGCCGGUGUUCUUCCACUGGUUGCACCUCUGAAACUCCAGGAUCCGAACACGAUCGAGGGUUUUGUGGUGAAAUAAAGUGACUCCAAAUGGCUGGGUCAGGUAGAGGAAGAGGCCGUGCUGCAUUUACCUUUGACAUUGCGGCUAUUGGCUUCUCCAAAGGUGCAGCUCUACCUGAUGUCAUGUGUAAGCCUCCACCACCAUUUCCUAGUACAGACAAUAAGCCAGUGCCUCUGAAAACAGGAGAAGAUGAAGAUUACAUGCUGGCCUUAAAACAAGACCUUAGAGGAACUAUGAAAAGAAUGCCGUAUUUUUUGACAAUAGAGGAAGAUCGUGAAGCAAUAGAGAGGUACAGUAAAAAGUACCAGGACAGUGAAAAGGAGCAGGCAGCAUGGACCCCAGAUUGGAGAAGACUCCCAAGAGAGAUGAAGCCAAAGAAAAAGACCAAAAAAGCAGGUGUAAAACCAAAAAAGGCAAAAAGCUGUGAGCCCAAAAGUAAUCUGGAUGUGUUGAAAAAAAUUGAGGAGUUGGAAAAGAAGGACGAUGAAGAAGAAAAAUCUGAAGAUGAGAAAGACAAAACAAAAGACAAAGAAGGUGAAGAUGAUGAAGAAGCAGAAGAACCAGAGGAAUACGAUGAAGAGGAACAUGAAGAGGAAAAUGACUACAUUUCUUCAUAUUUUGAAGAUGGAGAUGACUUUGGUGCUGGCAGUGAUGACAAUAUGGACGAAGCAACAUAUUAGCUGUUGUUGCUAGAUGGUACGCUGCUCAAGCCUUGUACUACUUGAAGAAUUCUGGAGGUGGGCUGAGUAUCAAGAGAAACGAUGCUUUAUCUCUGCUGGGUUUAAGUACACUCCCCAAAACCAGGCUGGACAAUUCUCUUAUUUGUACUAUGUUGUAAAACAGGGUAUAGGAUCCUUCUGUUUUGUUCUUUUGCUGAAUGUUUUGCAAACACAUGCCUUUGCAAGGUUCCGUGGAAUGUCUACUGGAGUAAACUAUAUGCCAUUGUAUUGCCUCUGCACAGAAAAAGAAUGUAUGCAUUUUAAUCAAAAUUGUGCCUAAGCAUUUGCACUAGUCAAUUCUAUGUUUUAGCAGUCCAAUCUUGAAAAAAUAGUGAAAUUCUUGAUGGCUGCUGCUGCAAAAAAGGCCUUUAUGGACAUAAGCUGCUUGUACUUGGCAGCUAACUUCUUUGAAGCAUUUAUGUAACUUCUGAAUUCACGUCACUGAAAAUAAUUGACAACUAAGCACUUUAAUAUAAACUGACUUGAAAGGACUUUAGUAGUAUAGACAAAAAAGAUAAGGUAUUUUAAAGAGCUGUUAUUUUAGCUGAACUCAUUUGGUAUUUUGGUAGGAAGGGACUAUAAUACUUAACUAUGUGUUAAGUUACCAUUAUGAAUCAUCCUAAGUAAUAAUGAAGGGUAAGUUCAUUUAGAAAGAAUAUGUGGCAGAGUUUAGGGUUGAGAAAUGAAAGAGUCUUGUUUUUCAGCAUGGCUAGCACACAGAUCAGCAACAAGAAUUUCAGUUCUUCACCUCAGUUUCUCCCUAAGGUGAUACUAACUUUGUUACCUCACAAAGCUGGUACUUGAGAUGGCAGAUGACAGCUCUCUAUGUAAUUGUUAAUAGACUUACUUUCCUACAGAACAAGACAGAAACUUAAUGGACAGCAAUUCAGUAUUAAAAAAACCCCAAAAUGUAGGAAAAUAGUGUGGUGGUCUGGUGCAUGGGGUUUUACUUGGGAAAAAAAGGUAAGAAUGCUGAGAAUAGCAAAACCAUUUUGUUUAAGAACCAAAAGCUUAAGUAUAUAAAACUUAUUCCUGAAAUACUUGAAGAACAUAGUGACAGAAUAUUCUCUGUGUCCUGUUAUCCACUGAUGGUACAAAAUAUUACUGGUCAGUGUUACUACAUUACUGUUAAUCAGGGCUGUUGUUUUUGGGCUUUUUUCCACUUCAUUAAAACAUUCUAUCCUGGUAACUAGUGCUAUUAUCAAGUCUAAUGAAACAGCAGUUUUAAAACAAAAACAUCUGUUUUAUCAACAAAGAAGGAAACUUGCAAGUUUGAUUUUCUGUGAAGCAGUGCUUUACCUCACUAAUGACUGGAAAACAGUACUGCAUUAGUCUAUGAACUUCUGUAUGCAGUAAGAAUUUGUUCCUUAAGGUGUAACUUUCAAGUGUUCUGAUAAAACACGUAUCAGAUGUAAAGGAAAUGAAAAUGCUAUGCACGUCACACCUCAGAGGUAUACCAAUUUUAUUUUGAAGUGUUCAUACCUAUACAAACAGUAUUUAAUAAACAUUCUGCACAGUGCAUAGGAAAUAUAUUCUCUGAUCAUUUUCUUCUAACAUCACAUGCACCAGCAGUUGCUUCUUUAACAGGUUUCCCUGUUCCUUGCACGAUAGACAAGAGAG